AUGGCUCCCUGGUUGAGUCGUCGUGGGUCCCAACCCAACAACAGCAGCAACCUCUCUAAUAGUGACCUCAUUACCCGAAUUCAUAAUACGGCUUUGCAUACGCCAACGACUUUGCCAGCGCUUUACUCAAACAACUUACAGGCAGCCUCUAACGGCAAUCGCUUCGAGCUCUCCUUCUCCAAUAACAACAACGGCGAUUCAAGCUCCGACGAAUCCGACUUGCAUCCCUCGAGACCUUCUUCCUCCAGGCCUCAGCGACCUCCACAUACGCGCUCUAUGAGCCAGCCCUUCCCUUCCCUUUUCAGUAGCAAGAAAAAGAGGCAGAACUCGGUCGGCGCACCACCGCCUGACCUAGGCUUUGCAGAUGAUGAUGUCGUGAUGCCUCGACAAGCGCCCAAGACUCAUGCUCGAACCCCCUCGCAUAACGGAAAUGGCCCUGCAGGAAACAAAGAUUUUGCGACGGGAAAUUGUAUGACAUGCGGAUCGCUAGUACGCUGGCCAAGAGACCUCAAAGUCUUCAAAUGCACCAUCUGUACAACAGUCAACGAUUUGGAACCUCUAGGUGCAGACCAUGAUGGCUCUAAGCCGCGCAAGGACGCGAACCAUGGCCCUUCUCAAGCCAAUACACCACGAGUCGCGCAUGUCUCUAUCGAACAUACAAAGCGACUUGUCAACCAGUCGAUACAGUCCUAUCUAACCAAGAGGCUGCAUCCAAUCCCCAAACCUCCAACCGAGCCACCACCAGAGCCUCCUGUGCAGAGCAAGUUAUCGUUCAGCAGUCGGAUGCAAGCUACUGGUCGCAACUUUUCACCUAUAGAUCCGAAAAAGGGAGCUACACCUUCUUCCAAAUCCCCUGCUAUACAAGUCUCCCAUUAUACGUUUGACGAGGAGCCGAAGCUACGGACGAAUCCUGUGCGGACAAACUCUUCGCCAAUGCCGCGCUCUCUUUCUUCUUCCUAUUCAGACAGGCCGCCAGUACAGAAGAUGCUACAAGACAAUGUGCCGAGAGAAACUCGAAAACCAUCAUCAGACAUAUCUGAGAACGACCCGAAAAGGAUAUUCAAGGCCUUGGAAGAGUAUGUGGUCGCAUGUUUUGGUUCGUUCGAGUGUAUCAAUUCUUCAUUCUCGACACACCCUCGCCCUGCGGUGAGAAAUGCAAGUGAAGCAACUCGUCGCAAGCCCGCGCCACCCGAUGAACCACGGGAGCAGCGAGGGCACUGCCGCAUCCCCUCAGAAAACCAUGCUCUUCGCGAACAGCGGCAACCGCGGACCGCCCCUCCAGUAGAAGACAGCACUUUUGAUCUUGACCCCAAGAUGCUGCUUCUUGGCGAUUUCGCUGAGAAUGGAACUUGGUGGAUGGGGAACCAAGAAGAGUCACGACCUCGAAGACCUUCAGCACACCGAGUCGACCGGAGUCCCCCCAAUGCGACGGUCCACACGAAGACACCACAGCUGAACUGGGGCGACUUGAUGGCAUGGUAUACGGCAAUCGUGAGUCCUGCCAAAGGAUGGUUUGCGGUUUAUGAAGAAAUCUGUCAAGAACAGAAUUUCCAAACGCCCCCACAGCGUGAAUUGCAGUCUAUAGAACGAGAAUUGUUACAGGGGCAGGAACAUGCCAGAAGAGUUUUACUAAAGGCGACAGAGAUGCUUCUGAAACGACCCGGAAGGCCACUGAAAGAUCCCACGGAUUUACGUUUCCUCCUCGUAAUCAUUGAAAAUCCUCUCUUACACGACAACGAAAACCUGUUUCACGGAAUCAUACAGCCAGAGAACAACUCACCUUCCAGUGCUAAUUUCGCUCGAUCAAGAAUGGGCAGUGUCCCUGAAACUGGCCCCUUAUCUGGACAGCAUUCUGGAAUUAUUAAGCGCAUAGUAGGACUUAUAUCCAACUCAUCACCUGAGUGCCAUAACCAAUUGAUUUCCUGGUUCGCCAGGUAUCACCCUUUUCGAUUUAUCAAAACAAAAGAGAUUGCAUCGGGCUUUCUGACAUAUCGUAUGAUACGACAAAGCGGAAAGAAACAAGAAGUCAAAGUAGAUAUCACGGCCGGACUGAUACCACAAAUGCAAGAAGGCCGCUCAGGAGCCUACCUUUACGACGAGAUCAACCGGUCGACAUCAUCGAAGAAAGCCAAGGAGCCAGAAAAGAAGAUCAUGUACGGCGAAGACUGGCAGAUCAGAGCUUCUUCCCGAGUUUUGGCGCUUCUUUUUACCGCCAACAACUUGCCGCACAAUCGAAAAAACAACGAGACUUCCUCACCUUCUCGCGAGAGGUAUACUGGCGCACAUGCUCAUGGCCAGAUACUCCCAACAAGCGACUUUUACAACUCAAUGAUUGACUACACCGACCUCGUUGCGGACUUUGAGAACUGGGAAUCUCGGAAAAGCAAAUUCACUUUCUGCCAGUAUCCGUUCCUGCUGAGUAUCUGGGCAAAAAAUCAUAUCCUGGAACAUGAUGCCCGUCGCCAAAUGCAGAGUAAAGCGCGAGAUGCCUUUUUUGAUAGUAUCAUGAGUCGGAAAGCCAUCAACCAGUUCCUCGAGUUGAACGUUCGCCGUGAUUGUCUUGUUGACGACAGUCUCAAGGCUGUCAGUGAGGUGAUUGGGAGUGGGAGCGAAGACAUCAAAAAGGGUCUCCGCAUUACCUUCAAUGGCGAGGAGGGAGUUGAUGCGGGCGGUCUGCGGAAAGAGUGGUUUCUUCUUCUUGUCAGAGAGGUUUUUAAUCCCGACCAUGGGUUGUUUCUUUAUGAUGAGGACUCGCAGUAUUGCUAUUUCAACCCAAACGCUUUCGAAACAUCGGAUCAAUUCUUCUUGAUCGGCGUUGUGAUGGGACUCGCCAUUUACAACUCGACCAUUCUUGAUGUGGCCCUGCCACCCUUUGCAUUCCGGAAACUAAUUGCUUCUGCCCCUACCCAUGGUACUGGAGCAUCGGCCCAUGCAAAGCCGCCAAUGCGAUACACAUUAGAGGAUCUUGCUGAAUACCGACCUCGACUGGCUCGAGGACUAAGGCAAUUGCUUGAAUAUGAGGGGAACGUGGAAGAGACCUUUUGUCUUGAUUUUGUUGUUGACAUGGACAAAUACGGUACCCAGGUCCAGGUUCCUCUUUGCCGAGGAGGCGAACGAAUUCCUGUCACUAACAGCAAUCGUCGAGAAUAUGUGGACCUCUAUGUGCGCCAUGUAAUUGACGUGUCUGUGACAAGGCAGUUUGAGCCCUUCAAACGAGGCUUCUAUACUGUGUGCGGAGGUAAUGCUUUGUCCCUAUUUAGACCAGAAGAGAUCGAGCUUCUAGUACGAGGCUCAGACGAAGAACUCGACAUCAACUCACUCAGGGGCGUGGCUGAGUAUGACAACUGGGGCAACAAGAAGCCGGAUGGCUCUGAGCCUGUCAUUGACUGGUUCUGGGAGACGUUCCAAGAGGCUACGUCUCAAGACCAGCGCAAGCUUCUCUCAUUCAUUACCGGCAGUGAUCGAAUUCCUGCCAUGGGUGCUGCUGUACUGCCAAUCAAAAUUUCUUGCCUGGGCGAGGACGAAGGCAGGUAUCCUAUCGCUCGAACAUGUUUCAAUAUGUUGUCUCUCUCACGGUACGCAUCCAAAGAAAGAUUGGAGAAGAUGUUAUGGACUGCUGUGCGUGAGAGUGAAGGUUUCGGAAUAAAGUAA